AAAAAAAUAUCUGGAAACCGGCCCAACCGCGUUCUUUAGUGCUAAGAUUUUUCCAGCGCGAUGCAAGGAUUGUUUAUGUUGGGUUAUUUGGUCGGUGAUUUGACCCGCGUAGCAGCCCAGCAAGUGUUUCCCCAAACAUGGCGGACGGAAUGUAUUCGAAUUUAUUACAUCUAGAAUGAAAUUAGACCGAAUAAUCGGCACAAAUGAAUAGCUGUAAGUGCGCGAGGUAGCUCGAAUCGUACUUAAUGGAUGUAAGAAACGAUCGGUACAACGACAGGUGAUUCGAGUCUGUGGGGAUUGUGCGGAGACUAAAUGAAAUAGGAUUUUGCCGCGCGCGGCCGAGUCUGUCGGGGCAACCGUGGCGGGGCCCCCAUGGUUGUAAAUGGCUGACGAGAUGGAAAAUGAAGAAUAACAUUCGCCUCUGAUAUUCCGGCCUAGACGUCAAGCAGCCGGGUAGAAAAUGUCGGAGCCAGAGGAGAGUCCGGCUGUGCCGGAUAGCACAACUAAGGAGCAGCGUCUCGGUUUCUCUCAUGGCGAAGACGUUCUUCUCCAGCACAAAGAUGGCAAAUAUUAUCUUGGUACUGUCGUAGAGGUUGAUUUGGCCAGGGAAAGAUGUCUUGUCAAGUUUUUAGACAACACGUCUUCCUGGUCAUCGGUAAAAGAGUUGGCGAAACUGGCAAUGCCAGAAUCAGACGUGAUGUGCGUAUUGUGCAAGAAGUCACAACCCAAGGCUGACAAUGAUAUUGUUGUGUGUGAUAAAUGUGGCCGUGGUUAUCACCAGCUUUGUCAUCAACCGCAAAUAGCUAAGGAAGAAACAGUUCCAGAAGCACAUUGGAUGUGCAAAAGAUGUAUAGACAGCCAACCAAGGACUCGAGAGCCUGCCGAGCCCAAAAACUCAAUGGUCAAGGCAAACAUUAGGAAAGUUUGUAGUGGGAGAGACCAGCCUCAGCCUCCGCCCGACGAUAUGACCAAAUUACCUUACGAUCCUGAAAUGCUCAGCUGGGAUGCACAUCAUAGGGUGAAUGCUGAACAAAUCUAUUGCUACUGCGGUCUGAAUGGUGAAUGGUAUACGCAAAUGUUGCAAUGUGCGAGGUGUAAACAAUGGUUUCAUGAAAAAUGUGUCAGCUGUUUGACGUGCCCCCUUUACAGCGGUGAUAGGUUCUAUGUAUUUGUGUGUUCGAUGUGCAAUUAUGGUAAGGAAUUUGUUCGUCGCCUGGAGUUGAAGUGGGUCGAUUUGGUACACUUGAUGCUGUACAAUCUGACGGUUUACAAUGCCAAGAAGUACUACGAUUUAGAUACUAUUAUAGUACCGUAUGCCAACGAGAAUUGGAACGCCUUGCAACUUCCACCAAGGAUACGAGAUGUAAGCUCACAGGUGCGCAGAGAGUCCAUCCUCCAAAUAUUGACGAAUAACAGAAACAGAUUCAAGUGUGGUAGAGAGAUUAAAAAACGCACCACCAUCUGGGGACUGCGUGUCAGAUUACCGCCCCCUUGUCCAGUGGUGAACCUUCCCACCACUGGCGUCAUAGAUGAUUCUGUGCUUCGCAUGUGUUGGGGGGCUAAUAAAAGACUACAGUACCUUCCACCGCCCACCGAUCCCAAACGUCCUGUGCCAGGAGUUCAGUCCCAAGGUGUUAAGGAUGCGAGGUAUAAAAAGGCUAGAAAACUUCUGAAGAACGCCAUUGCUAAGAGUAAAUCGCGAAGCCCGGAAGCGUCGGAGCUGCCGCCGACGCCGCCGACUUCAGUUUCCGGUCCGCCAACGCCACCGGCGACAACAUCGUCAGGAAUGUCAGAGCUCUCAGUGCCGAGUUCUAUGGACCUGAUGAACACGCUGCCGUCGUCGACGCCUGCGGACACGAGUGGAGACGAAACGAGCUCUCGAGGGACGCUGGACUCGUUCAUCCCACCGCCGAAGGACUUCGAGGGGAAGAACAACCCGUUCAGGAACCUGACCGACCUUCUGGGCCAGGGUGGCUCGAGCACGCCGUUGGCGUGCGGCAGCUGUCCGAUAACGCUGCCAUUGCCGUUGACCCCCGUCAUCGCCCAGCCUCCGGUCGUGCGGCCGACGAAGCGUCAGCUCUCGGAGAAGGACAUAGUGAUAGACAGGAAUGGGCAGGUAAAGCGACGGCGGCAGCACCGGAGAGGACGGCCACCGCACCAGCCGUUCCAGCCGACGGCUAUAAAAACGGCGGCGAUAACGCCGGCGCGAAACAGCGAGGUGAAGAGCGAGUUCGUCCGGAACCUCCGUAGCUCGUUCAACGGCUCGUCGAGCAGCGGAAGCGGCGGUCAGAUCGGAAACUGCGUGGACUACGCGCUAAACGGAAGAAGGCUCAGGCAGCGACAGAACGGCGAGAAGUUGCCGCCGCCACCGGAGCCGCAGCCCCUCGUUCAGAAGAAAGGCAGCGUACCCUCCUCCCCAAAGUGUUCACCAGUGAAGCAGAACGCUUCCGACAUAUCUAUGGAUGAUCUCAAGUCCUCGGUUAAUAUUUAUUUCGGCGCUGCGAACAGGAUCGCCGCCGGUGAAAAGUUCGUCGUUAGGGCUAAACGCGUCGCCGCCAACGGGCAGACACAGUAUCUCGUUGAAUGGGAGGGUCCGAACACCUAACGACCGAAUGUCCCUCCUUAAGUCUCAGACUCCGGACAAAUCGUUCAUUAUAAUGUAUAAUAAAGUUAAAUUGUUCAGUGUUUUAUCGAUGGAAUGCCUGCAAUUGCUGUCAGUCUUUACGCGAUAAGAAUAUCAGAGUUCGGACUAUAUUCACUGAUGUCUUCAACGGGUAUCCUUAACUGAACCGCAUACCUAUGUCUUUUUAAUGUAUAUUGUGCGACUGUUUUUGUACAUCAAAUUGUUGCGUGAUUCCUGUCCAUUUUAUCUUUUAUACAUCAAAUUUACUACUUAUUAUUAUUAUUAUUAUUAUUAUUAAUAUUAUUAUUAAUAUUAUUAUUAUUAUUAUUAUUAUUCUUUGUCUCCACGUCAUGUGACGGAUAUUUUAUCGCAGAAAAUUAAAAUUUCUGGUUCAUCGCUGGCUGAUGAACCGAUCAGGUAUUUUAAUUCGAUCUAUUUUGAUCUACGUUAUUAUAGGUAUUUAUAUACCUACUUAAUCAUUAUUUUACCUUUGAAUUAUUCCAAACCGUUUCCGAAUAUAAUGCAGUUGGUCGUCAUUCACUUAACGUUACUAUUCUCUCUCUCUCUCUCUCUCUCUCUCUCUCUC